AUGAAAUACCCCCAGCCGUUACUCGCGUUAUUGUCAUUAUGUCUGGUCUCCUCCAAUACCGUCCUCGCCGAGGAUAUCACCACCGUCCCGAUCUACCUACCGCACUACGAUGCUAAAAGCUGGUCACUGGUGCGGGGCAGCGUAUUGUCAAGUAAUUCCAAGGAAACGACAUAUACCAUCUUCUGCGCGCCGCAAACGCCCCCAAAUUGCGACCUUGCCCUCGAAUUCCCCUUCAUCUUCGUUGAAGGCCAGCAGACGCUCGACUUCCACGGCACCAAGACAUCAACACUGAUCGCGGACCUCGGUUGCACAUUAGGCGGAACAACGGCAGCGACGUGCUCUGGCUACUCGAGCCUGAAGAGUGGCUACUCGAAUGGCAAACUGACGGGACCGACUGAGGUGUCCUGGACCUCGUCCCUUACCGGCUCCGAGGUCCAAUGGGGUGUCCUGACUCUCGCCGACAAGCCCGACAAGACUGAAGCUAUGCCGACGGCCGCGCCCACCGACGGCUCAAAUUACGACGACUUCCUCUACACCGGCACCAUCUCCUCCUCAAUGCCCGUCGAGACAAGCCCCAGCGCCGCGUCGCGUCUCGAGACCCGCUGGUAG